GAUGAUGGCUCGUUGUUUCUCCCCCUGAGUGAGUUAAGUAAAAACUAAAAACUCUCUCUCCCUCCUCCGGCUCCGUUCACCGCCGCGAAGAUCGGCUGUAUACUACAUUUUAUGCAUCCCGAUUCAUAGAGGUUUCAAUGUCUGGAGCAGAGGGUAAUAAAUCUUCUCAUACUGAGCUUUCGUCCCAAGUUUUUCUUGAUCUUGUGGAUUCAGUGAUUGCUGAUGUAGCAUCUGAGUGUCACCGGGUAGCACGACUAGGGCUUGAUCGUGAUUUGGAGGUAGUAGAAGAAGAGUUGAGGUUGUCUGUGGAAGCUCGUGCUAAGGUCGCUGAUCCAAGCAACAACCUUGAAACCAACACCAAAUUUGUUGUUGAUAUAUUUGGCCAGACUCACCCUCCUGUAGCUAGUGAAGUCUUCAAUUGCAUGAACUGUGGCCGACAAAUUGUUGCAGGAAGGUUUGCUCCUCAUCUGGAAAAAUGCAUGGGAAAGGGAAGAAAGGCUCGUGCCAAGGCGACCAGGAGCACUACAGCUGCCCAGAACCGGAACUCACAACGCAGCCCAAAUCCACGAUAUUCUCCAUAUGCAAAUUCUGUUAAUGAGAACCAGUUAGCAAGUAGAUCACCUGGUGUCGCAGGUGAGGACUGCACAAAUGGCACAGUCCAAGAGAACGUAAAAGGAGGCUGAAACACAACGUAUGAGAGACUUAUACUUGACUGCAAUGUGCCUAGUAACUAAUUCGACCAGACUUAUUAUGUACCUUUUUUGCUUCAUUUGGUUGAUGAUACCUUUCAAAUAUUAAAUUGUCUGGUUGGUUCCAACA